UCGAGAGACGUGACACUAUAUAAAAUAUCAGUACGAAACUAUCGCGUCAGCGUAUAAGAAGAUAGUAAUAUUUCCAGUAGUAUUGAAAAGUUUAUUUUAAGACAUCAUAUUCAGACAAAUAUCAACUUUUAUUUGUUUAAAUACUUGAUAUAUAAUAGGAGUCAAUAUGUCGAUUAACAUGAAACGCACAUAAUGUAUGUAUACUGAUGUAUAUACCUCCUCUUUCUUGAGGUUCUAAUUGGAGCAUGCACCAGCCUUUAUGGACUACAGUUGCAGCGUUUCUGUUUAUAAAUGCUGAAAAAUGCCACCAAAACAAAGGAAAAUAGCUAUUAUGGGUUAUAGAUCCGUAGGCAAGUCGUCACUGAGCAUACAAUUCGUCGAGGGACAGUUUGUGGAUUCAUAUGACCCUACCAUAGAAAAUACAUUUACAAAAAGUACACGAGUAAAUAGUCAAGACUAUGAAGUUAAGUUGGUAGACACAGCAGGUCAAGAUGAGUACAGUAUAUUUCCUACACAGUAUUCUAUGGAUAUCCAUGGUUAUGUCCUGGUAUAUAGCAUAACGAGUGCUAAAAGUUUUGAAGUUGUACAAAUUAUUUAUGACAAGUUAUUGGAUAUAACAGGAAAAGUCCAUGUCCCAAUUGUAUUAGUAGGAAAUAAAACGGAUUUAUAUGUAGACCGAAUGAUAACAACAGAACAAGGCAAGCGAUUAGCAGAUUCUUGGCAUGCUGCUUUCCUAGAAACAAGUGCAAAACAAAACGAGUCUGUUGCAGAUAUUUUUCAUACGUUAUUGAUUGAGAUUGAAAAAGCAGAUGGUAAUGUACAAGAAAAGUCAAAUUGCAUUAUUUCCUGAGCUAUAUUAGCUGGAAAUAUAAUAUGAUGUAAAUGUAUAAAACCAAAUAACAGAAUUGGCAUUAUAUUAAUACACGUCCAAAAACAAAUUAAGUGUAAUAAUAUUAAAAAUAUAAAAUAGCGAAUGUAAAACAAAUAUGUUUCUUCUUGCUGUAUAAGUAAAAUAUUAUAAAUAUCGUCUAUUUGAGAAUAUACGUGAUUAUAAGUAUUUUUAUUAUUCACUUUCGCAAUUACCAUUUGACAAAAAGAGAAUUGAGUUGUCGGUAUUUAGUUUUAUUCUGCAAAAGUACAUAUAAGGAAAUUUAAUAUUUUAGAAACAAUUUUUCAGUUCUAGAGAUAAAAUUACUAUUAACUUGGAUUUAUGUAAGUAACAUUUCAAACAUUUAUAUUUUUUCAAAUAUGCUGGAAUAAAUCAUUAUAAAAUGUAUAAUAAAAAUAUUUACUUCUA